AAAGGCUCCAAACGCAUCGCUAGUUCCCCAUGCCUGCUUUUCUUUUCCCUCCCAUCGUCUUGGUUACCGCAUGCAUAUGCUACUAUGUGAGGACUCAAAUUAAACGUCCCCAGCUACCUCUUCCACCUGGACCGAAAAAAUCACCAUUCCUUGGAAAUUUGUUCGACAUGCCGACUUCAUCGGAGUGGGAGGUGUAUGACAGAUGGUGUAGAGAAUAUGAUACAGAUAUCAUUCACCUCGAUGUUGCUGGUACCUCCAUCGUGGUCCUCAACACCGUUGAAGCUGCUACUGAGCUUCUUGACAAUCGUUCCGCUAUAUACUCCAGCAGACCCCGAAUGACAAUGGUCAACGAACUGAUGGGCUGGGACUUCAGUUUUGGCUUGAUGGAAUAUGGAAAUGAAUGGCGAGCGCAGCGUCGGCUCUUCCAACAAGAGUUCAAUCCCACAGCCGCGGAGCGGUAUCGUCCAUGUGAACUUAAAGCGACGCACGAGCUGCUCAGGCGUCUCCUGGAUGAUCCCAAUAAGUUUAUCGCACACAUACGACACCUCGCCGGAUCUACUAUAUUAUCUAUUGCCUACGGGCUAGAGGUGCGCCCGGAAAACGACCCGUAUGUUUUGGCCGCAGAGGCAGGCCUCUGUUCCCUAGCCAAAGCUGCGGUACCGGGGGCGUUUCUUGUGGAUUCGAUUCCCCUACUUAAGUAUAUCCCAGACUGGUUCCCUGGCGCAACAUUCAAGCGUAAGGCGAACAAGUGGAGGCAGUAUUCGAAGAUAAUGAGAGAAAUGCCCUUUGAGGCCGCGAAGCGGAGAAUAGCAGAGGGUACGGCGGUUCCUUCUUAUACUUCGUAUAGCCUGGAAAAGCUUGAUCAAGCACGAGAUGCGGCUGAAGAAGAAAAUCGAAUUCAAUCAACCGCGGCAACGAUGUAUACGGGUGGAACAGAUUCAACGGUAUCGGUUCUAUGCACCUUUAUUCUGGCGAUGCUAGCCAACCCCGAAGCACAGAGGAAAGGGCAGGAAGAAAUCGAAGCAGUUCUCGGUCCGGGAGAGCUCCCACGGUUUGCCGAUGAGGAUUCGCUUCCGUUUGUGAGUGCUGUUGUGAAGGAGGUUUUGAGAUGGAAGAAUGUAACGCCUAUGGGAAUACCACAUGCGCUUACUGCUGAAGAUGUCUACCAAGGGUAUACAGUUCCUUCUGGUUCCAUCGUCAUUCCUAAUAUCUGGGCUAUGUUGCAUGAUGAAACAGUUUAUCCCGAACCUCAUUCCUUUAUGCCGGAAAGGUUCAUAAAAGAGGGAAAACUGAAUCCGGACAUCAGAGACCCCGACACCGUCCUAUUUGGUUUUGGUAGGAGGAUAUGCCCUGCCCGUCACAUGGCCUACUCUUCAAUCUGGAUUGCUAUAGCGUCUAUGCUUGCGGUGUUUGAUAUCACCAAAGCGACUGAUGAGUUUGGCAAAAUUAUAGAACCUACGUAUGCGUAUGCCCCUGCAUUGGCUUGUGUCCCACUGCCCUUCAAGUGUUCUCUGAAGCCACGAAAUGUAGUUACCGAGGCGUCAAUUCGAGCAACGGCGAAUGUAGGAGUUUGAAGGUGUAUGAAUGAUAAACGGUAGUAUGUAUAGCGCAAUAUAUGUUGUAUUUGAUGUUGUACACAUACCCUUUUUCGAAUCUGUCAC